AUGAGCAACUCUGUCACUCCUGGAAAUGAAGUCAAGAGGCCAAAAACAUCUACUCACUUAAUUGCAGGAGGAAUGGCUGGUUUAGUCUCAGCAGUUGCCCUCCAGCCCUUUGACUUAUUGAAAACAAGGUUACAACAGCAACAGCUGAUUAAUAAAAAAUAUCAGCCUACCAUUUCCAAAGAAUUAAAGAAAUUGACGACGUUGAAAGAUUUGUGGAGGGGUGUCCUUCCGUCAAUGCUUAGAACUUCGAUAGGAUCUGGCCUUUACUUUACGAUACUAUCCAGCUUCAGGUCUCGGCUUGCAGCUUUGAAAACUAGCCAGGUUGCUUCGAAGUCGUCAAUUCUUCCCCGACUAUCACCAAUGGAGAACCUUGCGACAGGAUUUGUGGUUAGAGCAAUAGUUGGGCUUAUAACUAUGCCAAUUACAAUCAUGAAGACGAGGUUUGAGUCCAACAUUUACAAUUACAAUUCAAUGUAUGAGGGAAUUGAAAGUAUCUAUCUUAAUGAUGAGAAAAGUAGUAGAGGAUCCAUAAAAAAUUUCUUUAGGGGUUCAUUUGCAACUUUGGCUAGAGAUUGUCCGUAUGCUGGCCUUUAUGUUUUAUUCUAUGAAAGUUUCAAAAACAAUAUUGUUCCUACUAUUGUUAUACCCCUCCACCAACAUCUUAUACCGGAUUCUUCGUUGAUUAAUUCAACAUCUGCCGUCUUGGCUGCUUCCACUGCCACAACAAUUACCGCUCCAUUCGAUGCAAUUAAAACACGUCUACAGCUUAAUUCAAGCGAUGCUCCGACUUCUGGAAUUUGGAAAACAACGAUCCAGUUGCUCAGAGAGAAUGGAGGUAUAAGAAAUCUAUUUAGAGGAUUAUCGUUAAGAUUGGGUAGAAAGGGUAUGAGUGCUGGUAUUGUCUGGUGUAUUUACGAAGAAUUGAUUAAAAAAGAUACUCAGGAAAUCCUUCUUCGUUCUGGAAGUAAAAUUGCAUAG